GCAAGAGUUACUGCGCAUGCUCGGUUCGCGGGUGCACGCUCAGUAGCCGCCCAGGAACAAGUCCUGCCCGGAAGUGGCGAGUUGUGACACGACAGCGGUGCGCGGAGGGGCGGCCAUGGUUUACAUUUCGAACGGACAAGUGUUGGAUACCCAGAGUCGGGCUCCUUGGAGUUUGUCAUUUAUAACAGAUUUCUUCUGGGGCAUAGCAGAUUUUGUGGUUUUAUUCUUCCAGAGCCUUGUUAAGCCAGAUUUGAGAAGAAGAGGUUGUAUAUCUUCCUCAAACUCAAGAUAUGAUGAUGGAAGAGGGCCUCCAGGAAAUCCUCGCCGUAGAAUGGGUCGGAUAAAUCACGGUGGAGGUCCCAGUCCACCACCCAUGGCUGGAGGAGGAUGAGGAAGGUAA